CCAUUUCCACCCAAGGAGCUCACACCAACAAUGUCCAUGGCCGUGGCAUUGGCGGCCAUCUUGGCCGUCUUCAUCCUCAGGUACAUGCUCGCUCCGUGUGGCAAGAAGGCUCUGAACCUUCCACCUGGCCCGCGGGGUUGGCCGGUGAUCGGCAGCCUCGGCGCGCUGGCGGGCGCGGUGCCGCCGCACCGCGCACUGGCCGCGCUCGCGGCGCGCCACGGCCCGCUCAUGCACCUCCGUCUCGGCUCCUACCACGUCGUGGUGGCCUCGUCGGCGGACGCCGCCCGGCUCGUCCUCAAGACUCACGACCUCGCGUUCGCUGACCGCCCGCGCACGGCCGCCGGCAAGGUCGCUUCCUACGGCUACCUCGGCAUCGUGCACACCCCGUACGGCGCCUACUGGCGCAUGGCGCGCAAGCUCUGCGCCACCGAGCUCUUCUCGGCGCGCCGCGUGGACUCGUUCGAGCGCGUCCGCGCACAGGAGAUGCGCGCGCUGGUGCGCGGCCUGUUCCGGAGCGCCGGCCGCGCCGUCGCCGUCCGGAAGCACGUCGCGGGGGCCACGCUGCGGAACAUCCUCCGCAUGGCCGUGGGCGAGAAGUGGUCGGGCUGCUACGGUAGCGCCGACGGCGAGACGUUCUGGCGCACGCUGGACGAGGCGUUCGCGGUGACCGGCGCGGUGAGCAACGUCGGCGAGUGGAUCCCGUGGCUGGGCUGGCUCGACUUGCAGGGCUGCAUCCGGCGGAUGAAGCGGCUGAGCGAGAUGUACGACCGGUUCUACGAGCAGAUCCUUGAUGAACACGAGGAGCGGCGGCGGCGAGCCAGAGCCGGCAAGUUCGUGGCGAGUGACCUGGUCGACGUGCUGUUGCAGCUCGCCGAGAAAGGCAGGUCGGAGUCGUCGGAGGCCAAGCUCACGCGCGAUGGCGUGAAGGCCUUCAUCCAGGACAUUAUCGCCGGCGGCACGGAGAGCUCGGCGGUGACGAUAGAGUGGGCCAUGUCGGAGCUUCUCCGCCACCCGGAGGCCAUGGCGGCCGCGACCGACGAGCUGGACCGCGUGGUCGGCCGCGGGCGCUGGGUCACGGAGCGCGACCUGCCGGACCUCCCCUACAUCGACGCCGUCGUGAAGGAGACAAUGCGGCUGCACCCGGUGGGCCCGCUCCUCGUCCCGCACCAGGCCCGCGAGGACACGGUGGUCGCCGGCUACGACGUGCCCGCGGGCGCGCGCGUGCUGGUGAACGCGUGGGCCAUCGCGCGCGACCCGGCGUCGUGGCCCGACGCUCCCGGCGCGUUCCGGCCGGAGCGGUUCCUGGGCGGCGGCGGCGGCGGCGCCGGGGUGGACGCGUGCGGGGCGCACUUCGAGCUGCUGCCGUUCGGGGCCGGGAGGCGGAUGUGCCCGGCGUACGGCCUCGCCGUGAAGGUGGUGGCCGCCGGCGUGGCGAACCUGGUGCACGGGUUCGCGUGGCGGCUGCCGGAGGGGGUGGCGCCGGAGGACGUGAGCAUGGAGGAGCACUUCGGGCUGUCCACGCGCCGGAAGGUGCCGCUCGUCGCCGUCGCCGAGCCCAGGCUGCCGGCGCACCUCUACGCCGCCAACGAGUAAUCUUGUUUACGUUUUACGAGACGAUUGACGCAUUUGCACGUGAAAUCAGGGCAUCGAAAAUGCAUUGUGCCAGAUCGUGGAUAUAAACUACGC